UGUGCAUGACAUAUGCAACAGGAUGUAUCGCACAUUUAAAAACAAACAUUAUUCAGGCAUUUGAAAGGAAAGUAGGUCAGAGUGUGAUGUACUGGUGGUAGUGAUCCUGUAUAACGACACAUCCUAGUUGGAGGGGACAAGGUGUGCUUGACAGCACGUCAACAAACUUUCACAACGCUACCAGUGCGACCUGCUGCGCAAUUGAAACUGAAUAUGUACGCGGUGCACGGCUACGCUGGUAUAUAGGAUAGACACAGUACACUCUGCAAACACCAGCGUCCAUGGCAGAAGAGUCACCGCCGACGUUGUCGCUGACCGACAGCGAGGCCGAUGAGGAAAAUACCGGCUUUGUUGAUGAUUGGCAGUCGGGGAAGGAUUUUAUUCAGACCAACCUGAUGAUGCUGGACAGCGAAACUCUGUCUGACGUCACCUUCGUCGUUGGGAAGGAAAUGGAGACAAUACUGGCUCAUAAAUUCAUGCUCGCAAGCCGCAGCUGCGUGUUUUUUGCGAUGUUUUGUGGUAGUAUCGCAGAAAAGAAGGAGGUGAAGAUUACAGAUAUACAGCCUAACAUCUUCAGACAGUUUCUAAGGUACCUGUACACUGGGGUCAUCUCACUGUCGGCGGACAAUGCCCUCAACCUGCUCUACUGCUCCAAGAAAUACUGUGUCAAGUCCUUAGAACAGGAAGUCUUUGAAUACUGUCAGUGUUCUAUCACGGCUGACAACGCCUGCGUAUUGCUGGAGCAAGCUUGUCUGUUUGAUAUGGAACAGCUACAGGAGAAAGCUUUCAAGGUGAUAAAGAGAGACGCCGUCCUCGUGUUGCAGUCGGACGGCUUCACUGGCCUCUCCCAUCAGAACCUGGACAAGCUGCUGGACAUGGACGACCUCAAGGCAAGUGAGGACGUCAUCUUCAAAGCCGUUGUCGCAUGGGCCAAGGCAGAAUGCAUUAGACAGGGAAAGACUCACAGCUCUGUCGAUAUUAGAGAAGUUCUCGGUCAAACGCUGUAUAAAAUCAGGUUCUCCCUUAUGGCCCAGUCUGUGUUCGUAAGGCUGGUUGGAGAUGGCAUUCUUACCGACAGCGAAAAGGUGAAGAUAUUAGAACGCUAUAUCUCGCCUAAGUCCAACAUUGAACCGUUCAUCGGGAAGCCCCGCGACACCGGAGAAAUCACAUACAGGGUACAACGUCUGGUUCAAGGCGGGCUUGGGUAUCCACUGAGUAAAGUCAAAGAUGCUCUGUACAUAUUCUGCGACAAGCCUGUUAUUUUCAUGGGCAUGAUGUUGUACGCUCCAGCAAAUAUCACCACCGGCGUCUUAUCUUACUUUAAGUCCUUACUUGACGCCCAGAAUGACGUCAAUACAAACACGGCGAAAUACUACGUUACGCUGGUUAUCCGCAACGCUCAGAACGUCAGGGUGGGCAUCCACCACAUGGACAUGGACGUACUGGCUGGGGACGAGCAGCUAGAAAUUACAAUGACAACGCCCGUCCCCCUGACUCCAAAUGAGAGGUACACCAUCACGGUGGUCGUUGAGGGCUCAGUGCGAGGCUGGGGUGGCAUGAACGGCUUGUCCACACUCACCGACCCAGGGGGUGAAAUUACUUGGCAGUUUGAGCACGUGCCCACUGUGGGGAACACUGAAAACAGCCUGAAGGAAGGGAUCAUAUCGGGAAUCAUGUACUGUCUCAUUAGAGAUACCUAAGUCAAGCAGGUCAAGCUUCAUUAGAAUCAAGCUGCUUGUGAUUGUAAGGAACUGCCUUUCACCCUUGUAAACUCGCAUCUGAAGUGCUGGGAAGGCUAACAUUUAUUUUUCAGAUUUCCCGGGAGAGCAAAUUUCCAAGGGAGUAGGGGAGUACCACCAAAGCUAAAGAUACGGUGCCGGGAAGCAUAAUCCAUGUCGGGAGUAGGUAGAUUUCUUCAAAACACUGUUAUAGUAGAGUGUUUAUCUUCUUCACUUGUUUAGAACUUUAAGAUGAAAGUAAUUACAGGGGAAUCACCAUAAACAGCUGCAGUUAAUCGUGACAGUCUAUUUCUACAGUUACAUCUGGUGGGCAUCAGAGGUAGACUAUGGAAAAUAAUCGUGUCUAUGUAUGACACUGUGCAAUCAUGUGUUAAACACAAUGGUGAGUUAUCUGGCUUCUUUCUAUGCUCCCUGGGUAUUAAACAAGGUGAAGUAAUGUCACCGAUUCUUUUCUCACUAUAUCUUGAAGAUAUUGAAGUAGCACUACAGCAUGUAUCGAAAACCCUGUGUGAACUAUUCGACUCUUUUGUUACCUCUACUGUGAUGUACGGCUGCGAAGUGUGGGGUAUUGUGAAAUGUUCAGAAUUUGAAAGAAUUCACUUAAAAGUUUGCAGGCGUAUUUUGCAGAUCAGUGCCAUAUCAUCUACAGUUGCUGUAUACGGCGAACUAGGGAGGUGCCCUUUAUAUAUAAAUAGGUAUGUCCGUGUGUUACGUUAUUGGUUUAAGUUAUUACCCAGUGAAAACUGUAUACAGAGGGUCGUUAAUGGUAUAUGUUUACAUGGUCUAAAUAAUGGUUAUAAAUCAUGGUUACGUAGUGCUAAAAUGUUUGUGUAUGAACUUGGUUUGGGGCAUGUCUUGGAAUUUCCAAUUGUUAAUGUUGAUAGUUUUUGUAAAGUUGUUUAAAAACUAGAUUGACAGAAAUGCGUUUUACUGUGGAAAAUAUUUAUUUAUAUUUUUAUAUGUGCCCAAAUUAAAGAGCGUCCACGUUGA